AUGGCUAUUGGUACGAUGCUUAAUGUGAUUAGAUGCAGUCUCAUGAUCGUUGGAUGCAUCAUUCAACCUCAAAAUGUAGUUAGUCUGGAAACUGAUGUUAAGAGCUUUGGAGCUGUAGGAGAUGGCAUCACGGAUAAUUCUUUGGCAGUUAACAAGGCAUGGGAUGCAGCAUGUAGUUCGACUGGACAAUUUAAAUUAUCAGCUGGAAACUUUGUUGUUCAACCAUUGUCUUUCUCGGGUCCAUGCAAAGCUCCAACUGUUGUCGUCACUGUCGAAGGGACUCUUCUAGCACCACCGAAGAACAAGUGGAUUAAUAACACCGAUACUUGGCUUAACUUUCAACACAUUGAUAAUCUUGUUAUAACUGGACCUGGACGAUUUGAUGGUCAAGGGCAGUCUGGUUGGUGGGACUCUUGCAAACAGACUAGCACUUGUGAAAAUAACCCCACGGCUCUGGGAUUUCACCAUUGCAAUGGCCUUCACCUCACGAGUGUAACCUCUAUCAAUAGCCCCAAAAAUCAUAUAUCUAUAAAUGCUUGCAAUGGAGCCAUCAUCUCCAACAUCAGCAUAACCGCGCCCAAAGAGAGUCCUAACACGGACGGCAUUGACAUAUCUGAUUCAAACGGUGUUCAUGUCACUGGUGGACACAUUGGGACUGGUACAAAUUUCUUAUAUAUUGCUCAAACUGAUCCAAUCACCACCAAACCACCGCCAUGGCCAGUUGAAGCAAGCCUCCGACCACAAAGAGGGCCAUCAGCACUGUUCACCGGAGAAGAAGAACCGGCGAGAAUCACCAUUUUCCCUCCUGUCUUCAUCUCUUUUCGACCUUCAAGUAGCUUCCAAUCAUUUUUCCUUACUCCUCCAUCAAUCUUAGCAACGGCGACGAGUGGUGGUACCACAGCAGAUCUUCUGCUUCCGCCUUUCCAAUCCAACGGUGAUCGAAUAGGAAAUAAGGUUCAUAUAUCAGGGUUGUUUGGGGUGGGGCUGCGGUGGUUCUAUGGCGGACGAUGGUGGUUUCCAGUGAGGAAGAAGGUGAUGGCAAUGGUGGAGCAAGGUUGA